UCCGCUUCCGGUGCGGGCCGCGCGCGAGCACAGCGGUGGGAGGCGGCGGCGAGCUGCUGAGUGCAGGCUGCUGGCCGUGACCUCCUGGCUUCGGGCGGACGUCAGCCCAGCUUCGUCCUUGCCUCGACCUCUCCGGUCUGUUGUGAGCCUCCGCUCGGCCCCGGCCUCGAGGGCCGACCGCUCCGCACCCCCUCGGCCUGCCGGGCCUCAGGCCGCGCCCUGCCCCCGCCAUCGGGCCGAACUCGCCGCCUCGGACCCCGCCGCUUGCCACAGGUUGAGGCCCCAGGCUUGGCCUCACCACGAUGUGGCACGAGGCUCGGAAGCAUGAGCGGAAGCUUCGAGGUAUGAUGGUCGACUACAAAAAGAGGGCAGAGCGGCGGCGGGAGUACUAUGAAAAGAUCAAGAAGGACCCAGCCCAGUUCCUGCAGGUGCAUGGUCGAGCUUGCAAGGUGCACCUGGAUUCUGCAGUUGCCCUGGCCGCCGAGAGCCCCGUUAACAUGAUGCCCUGGCAGGGGGACACCAACAACAUGAUUGACCGCUUCGAUGUCCGCGCCCACCUGGACCACAUCCCUGACUACACCCCGCCUCUGCUCACCACCAUCUCCCCAGAACAGGAGUCGGACGAGCGGAAAUGUAACUACGAGCGCUACCGAGGCCUGGUGCAGAACGACUUUGCUGGCAUCUCAGAGGAGCAGUGCCUGUACCAGAUCUACAUUGACGAGUUAUACGGAGGCCUCCAGAGACCCAGUGAGGAUGAGAAGAAGAAGCUGGCAGAGAAGAAGGCUUCCAUUGGCUACACCUAUGAGGACAGCACGGUGGCCGAGGUGGAGAAGGUGGCAGAGAAGCCGGAGGAGGAGGAGUCACCGGCCGAGGAGGAGAGCAACUCGGACGAAGAUGAGGUCAUCCCCGACAUCGACGUGGAGGUGGACGUGGACGAACUGAACCAGGAGCAGGUGGCAGAUCUCAACAAACAGGCCACGACCUAUGGCAUGGCCGAUGGCGAUUUCGUCAGGAUGCUCCGGAAAGACAAGGAGGAGGCAGAGGCCAUCAAACACGCCAAGGCCCUUGAGGAGGAGAAGGCCAUGUACUCGGGCCGUCGCUCCCGGCGCCAGCGGAGGGAGUUCCGGGAGAAGCGGCUAAGGGGCCGCAAGAUCAGCCCACCCAGCUACGCCCGCCGAGACAGCCCUACCUAUGACCCCUAUAAGCGGUCGCCCUCGGAAUCCAGCUCCGAAUCCCGCUCCCGCUCCCGCUCCCCGACCCCAGGCCGCGAGGAGAAGAUCACAUUCAUCACCAGUUUUGGGGGCAGCGAUGAGGAGGCAGCCGCAGCCGCAGCUGCAGCAGCUGCGUCAGGGGCCGCCACAGGGAAGCCCCCCGCGCCCCCCCAGCCAGGCGGCCCCGCACCGGGACGCAAUGCCAGCGCCCGCCGCCGCUCCUCCACCUCCUCCUCCUCCUCUUCCGCCUCGAGGACCUCCAGCUCCCGCUCCCGCUCCAGCUCCAGCUCCCGCUCCCGCCGCGGCGGGGGCUACUACCGCUCUGGCCGCCACGCACGCUCCCGCUCCCGGUCCUGGUCGCGCUCCCGCUCCCGCUCUCGGCGCUACUCGAGAUCCCGCAGCCGCGGCCGGCGGCACUCAGGUGGGGGCUCCCGAGACGGACACCGCUACUCCCGUUCGCCUGCCCGGCGCAGCGGUUACGGGCCCCGGCGCCGAAGCAGGAGCCGCUCCCGCUCAGGGGACCGGUACAGGCGGGGCGGCCGGGGUCCCCGGCACCACAGCAGUAGCCACAGCCGCAGCAGCUGGUCCCUCAGCCCGUCCCGAAGUCGCAGCCUGACUCGCAGCCGCAGCCCCAGCCAGAGCCGCAGCCCCAGCCAGAGCCGCAGCCGGAGCCAGAGCCGCAGCCGCAGUCAUUCGCCGUCGCCCCCAAGGGAGAAGCUGGGCAGGCCGGCAGCGUCCCCCGCUGUGGGCGAGAAGCUGAAAAAGACCGAACCUGCCGCUGGUAAAGAGACAGGAGCUGCCAAAGUCAGUAAGAAUUUGGAACUCGCCCGUGUAAUUCCCGCCAGCAGCAGUGCCCAAGAGCUGGGCCCGGUGGGCCUGCAGGGGGGCCCGGGUGGGCCGGGAGAUCCAGCCCCGGGGAUUGAGCCCAAGCUGACGCCACAGGAGAAGCUGAAGCUGAGGAUGCAGAAGGCACUGAACAGGCAGUUCAAGGCGGAUAAGAAGGCGGCUCAGGAGAAGAUGAUCCAGCAGGAGCACGAGCGCCAGGAGCGGGAAGACGAGCUUCGAGCCAUGGCCCGCAAGAUCCGUAUGAAGGAACGGGAACGCCGAGAGAAGGAGAGAGAAGAAUGGGAACGCCAGUACAGCCGGCAGAGCCGCUCGCCCUCCCCCCGUUACAGUCGAGAAUACAGCUCUUCCCGAAGGCGCUCAAGGUCCAGAUCCCGAAGCCCCCAUUACCGACAUUAGGCAGAAGCGUGGGGGGGGCAGAGGGAUGAGGGGGUGGGGCGAGGGCUCAAGCUGUGAUGCUGCUGGUUUUAUCUCUAAUGGAAUAAAAUCACACAUUAUUUAAUUCUCUUCA